AUGCUCCUUCUGCAGCCAUCAGUUCCUUACUUAUUAGUCAUCACUGCGGUGGUGGAUGCUACCAACUUAAGACAAGAACAACGUCACUUACAGACGUAUUCUCAAUCAAACGACUAUAUUUUUGACAUGCUCACGCUUGUCAACAAUGAGCGAAAAAAUGUCGGGUUGCCACCAUUGUGCGUCAGUCAAAAACUCAAUGAUGCGGCUCAACGGCACUCGAAUGACCAGGCAGCUAACAAUUACUUGGAUCACACAGGCACCGAUGGAACAAGCGCUUCCGAUCGUAUCACUCAAUCUGGUUAUGACUGGGAGGAGGUGGCUGAGAAUGUUGCUGCUGGUCAAGCUGACGUUGAGUCAGCCAUGGAUUCGUGGAUGAACUCUUAUGGUCAUCGAGAGAAUAUUCUCGGUGACUAUACUAUGUUUGGCGCUGCUUAUGCAUACAAUCCCGAGAACACAAUGCAGCACUACUGGACCCAAGACUUUGGGACGAGUGAAACUGAAAAGUGUGACAGUAAAGCAGAAACGCGGAAUGAACUUGUUGAUACCAAGACAAGUAGCCAAGCCAAAGAUACUUUUACUGUAACAACUGUCGAUUCGAAAGGCGUAUCCAUUGCAAACAAAAGUCCAGUCAUGAAGUAUAGCUACUAUAACGCACAAGGAAGUGAAGCACCUCGCACGGAGACGCCUAUCGUUAAGGUCGAAAAGACGAACGUCCCUUUAAGAAACGCUCCGAUUAUCAUGGUCGACCCUCCGAGACACGAUGUGUACCGAACAAAGGCACCUAUUAAUGUCGAUCCUUUACAUACUGAAGUCUCGGGUGAUCAUCAAGAAUCUGUCAUGCGACCGCAAGUGCAAGAAAUUCCUACAAUCGCAAUGAAUUCUCGUGGAACUAAAACUCUCGAAGCAGUGUACGACACCUCGAAUGCCCACAAUCCAUCGACUAAAGAGGUUCCUUAUGGCAAAGACUGUGUCUAA